GUAGAAGAAGAGUGUAGUUGAAGUCUUCUCUCUGUAGAAAAAGAAAGAGAAGAAAGGAAAAGAAGAAGAAGAAGAAGAAAAAAGCCAAACCUCAGUUCUGUAUCUUUCUCAAAUGCCUUCUCCUUUCUCUCUCUUCUCCUCCAAACGCAUCAUCUCAAUCCGAAAACACGAGUAGAAGAAGAAAGUAAUGGAGGAAGACUUCGAUCUGGAAAACCCAAUCACCAUCGAUUCCGAUCCGAUUCCUUCCCUUUUCGCCUCCGAAUCCGAUCACAUGACUUCCCAAACAUACUCCCAAUCCUUCAUAAACAGAGACGCUGACGCUUCCGUCCGUCGCGACACAAUCUCCUUCAUUCUCAAGUCGCAGUUCUCAUUUGAUCCGUUCGUCGCAUAUCUCGCCGUGAAUUACCUCGAUCGAUUCCUCUCCAAACAAGGAAUUCCGAAAUCAGUGCCGUGGAUCUUAAAGCUCCUUUCAAUCACUUGCACCUCUCUCGCUGCAAAGAUGAAAAAAUCCACGUUCUCUUUAACUAGUUUUCAGAGCGAGGAGGGAAUCAUCUUCGAUACGCAGACGAUUCAGCGCAUGGAGCUUCUGAUCCUCGGCGCGUUGAAAUGGCGGAUGCGAUCGGUGACGCCUUUCGCAUUCCUCCUAUUCUUCCUCUCCUUUUUCAAACGGAACGACCCUCCAUUGAAGCAGGCUCUAAAAGCUCGGGCUACAGAGAUCGUUUUCAAAGCUCAGAACGAAGUCAAGAUCUUAGAGUAUAAACCGUCUGUAAUCGCCGCAUCGGCACUACUCUCUGCUUCCCACGAGCUUUUCCCCCUGCAAUUUCCUUGUUUUCGGAAGGCGAUUUCUUCCUGUGUAUAUAUAAAUAAAGAGAAGCUGUUGGAUUGCUACAAUCUGAUGCAAGGUGUGGUAAUGGACGAUUACGAAUCGAUCUUGUUGGAUGAGGUAUGGAGUUCGGACACGCCAGUCAAUGUCCUUGACCGCCAUUCCCUGAGCUUGGAAAGCGAGAAAACCAGCUGCAUCAGCAUUGGAUGCGCUGUUACGAGAUCGGAAGCAGGGACGAAGAAGAGAAAGAUAAGCGAUUUCUGUUGCAACAACAGCAGCAGCAGCAGCAACGAAACGUUUCGUCAUCUUUCCCAGCAGAUACAGCACUGCUGAAACGGAAAGGAAACAAACAGAAAAAAGAAAGAAAGAAAGAAAAAAAAAAAAGCGAUGAGAUGAAAUCGCUGCUUCAUGAUCUCAGGUACGGUCGGUAGCAGAGACAGAGAGGGAGAGAGAGAGAGAGAGAGAGAGAGAGAGAGAGGACGACCAGCCUUCGAAAGAAAGUGGGAAGGUGUUGGAAUUUCUUUUCCUGGUUUGGGUGGGUUUUGUUUGUUGUUACUGUUAGGAAUAAAAAAUCAUUUUCUACAAACCAAAAAUGGUGGUGAUUCAUCCACCGUACACCUGGCGUGUUUGUACGGAAAUUCUGACAGUCAAACAAACGUGAUUGGCUGGCCAUCUGAUUUUUCCAGUUGAAUUUGGAUAACUCACUAACUUUGUUUUGAA